AUGUCAAGGACUGCGCGGAGAGCGGAGCGGGGAGCGCGGGGCGGGAGGCGAGGCCGCGGCUCGGCUUUGUCUGGCCGGCGGGAGCGCUCCGCACCCGGGCCGCGCCCGCGGAGAGCCCCGGGGCGGCCAGCGGGGCUGGGGCAGGACGGCUCCGCGGCACGGGCGCGGCUCCGCGGCGUGGGGCGGGCCGGGACCCGCGUGGGGCGGGCCGGGACCCGCGUGGGGCGGGCCGGGACUCGCGUGGGGCGGACCGGGAUCCGCGUGGGGCGGGCCGGGACCCGCGUGGGGCGGGCCGGGACUCGCGUGGGGCGGGCCGGGACCCGCGUGGGGCGGGCCGGGACCCGCGUGGGGCGGGCCGGGCGCGGCGCGGACGCGCGUGGGGCACUCACCGGGCGGUGCGCGCGGCGGCGGCGGGUGCCGGGCCCGGCGGGCGCUGUGCGCGCCCCGGCCGCCGCUCCAGGGUUUUCUUGGGAGAUUUCCCCGUCUCCUCCUGACGUCAGCCCCGUCCCAGGGUGCCGCAGACGGGGGAGGGCCGGGACCAGCGCCGCCCGCACCGGGAGAGCGGCGGCGCCGGCCGCUCCGCACCUCCGUCCUGCUGCCGACGGCAUCCCCGAGCCCGGCCCCCCGCUCCGGACACUCCCGCCCGGCCGAGCCUCGCUCGGGGGGCGACUUCGCGCUCCUGCCUACACGGCCCCUGCCCGCUCCAUUUCCUCCCGCUUAGGGCUUUUGUCCGAGGGGACAGGGACAAGGAAGGGCCUCUUUUUUCACUUCUUUUCCCACCCCUGA